CUUAAAUGUGUUUGAAGUUAAAUGAACUAUAGAAAUGCCUUCGUUUACGGGGCAAAUAGAAUUUUAUGAUGCUAACGUUGUAGUAUUUAUACCCUAUUUCUAUCUCUAUGUAUUUCUAUUAUCAUGAGAUUUGUCUUACCAGAAAAAGAACACAAAAAGAAGGAGGUACACAGUGAAUAUAAUCACAAUAAAAAGUUUUUUUCUUUUUUUUUUUCUUUCUUCUUCUUUUCUUCUUUAGAUAGCCUUUAUGACCACACUGAGUGAAUACCCUGAACAAACCACUCUUCCUACCAACACACACAUAGAAGAGGAAGGGGAAGAAAUAGUGGUGGUAUUAGAAAACCAAGAUGACCAAGAUCACAAUACUUUUUAUAUUCAGCAAGAAGAACAAGACAACAACAACGACGAAGCAUUCUAUUUAGCCAACAAGACAUUCUAUACCACAUGCUAUAAAAUUUCGCGUCAAAAUAGUCCUUCUUACCGAAAAAAACCGCCUUAUACUUUCCUUGAGAAUUGGUUGAUCCAUAGUGUGUUUAGUAAAUCCCAGCAGAUUCUGCUUCGAUUUCCUGUGAUUCACCCAAAAGUAAUGAUGACAGAAGGAGACUUCAUCUAUACACCACAUCAAAUGGCAACUGAGAACAAUCAAAUGGAAAACAAUCAUGACAUGUAUUAUCAAAAUAAUAAUUAUGAUUAUGGUGAUGAAGAGGAUUAUGAUUAUUAUGAUGAUGCUUUUGUUAUUGGUGAUGAAGGUGUGAUGAUGAUGAGUGCUUCUGCACCUGAUGCUUCACAGUUUAUGGCAGAAGAUGAAGAAGAACAAGAGGAUAAAAGAUCCUCGGUGGUCAUGGAUGAAAAUAUGUGGAUGGGCCAUAGUCGAUAUAAUACAAAUGGAAUGACACUUCAUGUUGUUAAUCCUGAUACUAAUCCCGAGAAUAAUGAGGAUGAAGAAGACCCCAUGUAUCGUAAUGUGACAGCUGGUAAUCCUUAUAAAUCCAAUAUGGUGCGCCAUAGUCAACUACAGAUUGUAGAAGAAGAAGACGAAGAAGACGGAGAAGACGAAGAUGAAGAAGAGGCAGAAAAAGAGGCAGAAGAAGAGACACCUAAUGUAUCAUUAUCACCUGAAAUACUUCAUUGGUAUCGAUCGGCUGAUUCAAGGCCUAUCACAUUGAAUCAUACGCCUAUGGUGGUCGCUAAAGAUACUAUGGAUUCUACUGUUGAAAACAAUCUUGAAGGACACAAAAUCAACGGUGAAUGUAGCAGCAGUUGCAGUAGUAUCAGUAGCACUAGUUCAUGUAGUCAACACACAGAUAUUCAAAACACCACGCAUUCUGACGAGAAAUCCAUUCAUAAUUCCAGCGCAUCAUACCAGUCUUUAGCAGACAUCAUUGUGGGUGAAGAUGAACAGAGAGCACCCGUAUCUUAUGGUACCAUAUUACCACUCUCUCAUAACCAAGAUCGGUCUCUAUCACCUACUGUUCAUAUGAGACCCAUGUCUCCCCUUGUACAAUUAUCUGAAUGCUUCGUGGAUGCUGCUUGGGUGGCAUUAGAUUUAGCACAGAAUUAUACGGAAAGCCCUGCUGAUAAAAAGGGCCUGACUAGCUUUGUUCGUUGUGCAUUUAAAAUCUGGAAAGUGUUAUUCUUGGGUGCAGAAACCAUGCUAAGCUUGAAAAGUCAUCGUAUGAUGAGACCCCAAGCUGUUGUUUGAAAAUUUAUCAAAAAAAAAGUUAUUAGAUUAUUUAUGCAUAUCUCUCUCUUUCUAUAUAUAUAUAGUCUUGUUUUUAUGAUUAAAAUACUGUAUUUCCACUGUUCAUUGGCCACUUUUUGUUUUAAACUGCGAUUGUUUUUCUUUGUGAACUUCAUUUGGCUAAACAAUUUGAGGGCUUAAACUACAAAUAGUAAACUUUUAAUGACUACUAAUUCGCGGUUUUAUACUGAAGAUGGCUGCGGAAACAUCUAUGAUGAUAGCAGGAGAGGGUUGACGACCACUGAUGAAUAACCCUUCUUUCAUCCUGCAAAGCAAUCGAGAUUCAAAAAAAAAAAGAAAUGACAAAAGUAAAUGGCAUUCAAAUCCAGAAAUCGACCCAUUCUACAAAAAAUCAUGCCACAAUUUCAUGCACUGCCCUGAACUAUAUAUAUAUAUAUAU